AUGCGCGAGUGGGAUGUGGAACUGCUCUUUCCACAAAGGGUCCUGGGAGUUCUUCAGCACUUACGUGUGUGCCACGUCGCCUACGACACUGAAACUGUCACAUACGGGCCGCUCGUGAUGAUCCUCCUAUUGUGGCGCGUCCGCUGGCUUCCAUUGUGGGCGAAGAUGUCGUCGGAGUGGAAUUAUAGUGUCACCACCAUGAAUAUAGAUGAUGCCAUUGUCAUUGUUGUUGCCAGUGACCGCCAUGGAAAAUGUGAGCGUUAG